AUGCGCCCGACAAACUUCGAUCCAAUUUCGAAGACCAGCAAGGAAUUGUUGGAAAGAAGAAGGACUAUGAGGCUUGAUCCGAAUACAUCGCACAUUGAGCAGCAGAAGAUUCUGGAAGCAGCACAAAGAAAAACGAAUCUUAAGAAGUGUCGCAGGGAUAUCCGCGAAUGUAAUAUUCCGCUAGCAGCCUUGCUGAGCGAAGACGAGACCCGCACGUCUUCUCGUCGUGAUAUGGAAGUCAUUACGAAGAGGUUCUACUCGAACCUUUUCGGUUCAUCAACUCCUGUGUCAACCCCGAUCAUCCCCACUGGUGAAGCUCCACCACGGAUUCUCCCUUCACAAACUGUGUCGAGGGUCAUAGAGGUUUACCGGGAAUACCGCCUGCCCUUUGUUCUAACCUUCGUCGACUGUGAGAAAGCCUUCGACAGCGUAGAAACGAGAGCAAUACUGUCAGCGUUGGUCGAUCAAGGUGGUGACUGGUCGUAUGUGAAGAUAUUAGCCACUGCGAUGCUGCUCGAUGCAACGAUACGAUGCACACCUGCAUUGUAA